AUGGAGAGACACAAAACUGGUCAAGAUGUGUUAGAUGAGAUAUGGAAUGAGUCCAGAAAGGAACAUUUUUUCGAUAGUGACAGCAAUUUUAGUUAUUUUGAGGAGAACUCUGGAGGGAAUGAGUAUGACGAAAGCAUCGACUCUCAUGAUUCUGAGGGUGAAGAUUCCUUUGAUGGUGAAUAUUCUUCAGAUGAAGGCCAAGAAAGCAGCAGACACCAAAUGCAACAAACUAGGCCAAGACAACAGCAGCCUAAGCCUGUUUGGCGAAUGGCAAAUGGUACUCCAAGUAGUUUUCCAUUUACAGCAAACACUGGAGUAAAGGUACCUACUGUAGGAUUUGAGGCAUAUGAUUAUUUUGCCCUUUACAUCAGUGACAAUCUGAUGAAUUUUGCAACUGAAGCUAAUCGUUAUGCCAACAAUUUUACUUAUUCUACUAAUCUGGGUAGAUCGAGUCGUGCUAGUGAC